GUUUGAAGGACUAUCCGUCAACUUACUUCCUGGGGCUUUUUUUGUUCAUUAAUUAGUUAAUUAGCUGGGUUGUUAGCUUGGCAUCAUUGCUAACUAUCAACAAAAAAAACAUUUAUAGUUUUAUUGGCUCAUCCGGGCAGAAAAUUAGUAACGUCGAGAUGAGGAGUGGAGCGUACAAGUUUCUGUCCGUUUUUUCUUGUCUCAUUGUUUGCGGUUUCAUGUUCAUGUUUUGGUUUUUCGUUUUUUACUCUAUGGUACUUGCGCCAUAACUUACAACUGGAAUUUAUUUUACAGUUAGCUAGCUAUUUAGCACAGACAGCAAGCUAAGUUCGCUAACGUUAGAUUUACCAAGUUGGCAUCGGCGAUUUUGUCCCCCCCCCCCUCACAAAGCAACCCAAACUGACAAGUUGUAGCCAGUAAAAGAUUGAGUCCUAAUUUACUUAGCUACAUACCAAUCAACAGAAAGAGACAAAUGUAGCAACUGUUAGCAAACGGCUAACUAGCAACAACAUUGUUCACAUACCCACAGUGCAUUGCGGCAACGACAGGUCACAUGAUCUGAAUAAGGAAGCGAGGUGUAUUUGGAUUGUAUCUGAGCAUCAAGGAACAGGAGCGGUGAUAGAGAUGGCUUCUGUGCCCGUAGACAAAGACCAUGCAGAUCAAAAGCUGCAGUUUGCUCCCUUCUCCAGUGCCUUAGAGGCAGGCUUCUGGCACCAGCUCACUCAGAAGAAACUCAACGACUACCGACUGGAUGACAGUCCCAAGAAUAUCAAAGGCUACUACUACAAUGGCGAUCCGGUCGGCCUCCCUACUCGCCUGACUUUGGAGUUUAGUGCAUUUGAGGCGGAUGGCCCCAGCCCAGCCCGCUGCUGUCCCGUCACAGGGACCCUGUACAACACCAACACACUGGAGGCCUUCAAGACCUCAGACAAAAAAGCACUGCUGGAAAAACAGGCCACGGAGAUUUGGGAUUCCAUACAGUCCGGUGAUGCUCUCAAGGACCCAUCCCUCCUCUGCAAAUUCCUUUUGCUGACUUAUGCAGACCUGAAGAAGUACCACUUCUACUACUGGUUCUGUUUCCCAGCUCUCUGUUUCUCUGAGGGAAUUAAGAUCCUCAAGGAGCCGGCUACAUUAGAACAAGUCUUCUCUUCUAAACAGACCUCAGCCUUACAGGCAGCCUAUGACAGUCUGUGCAGUGAAACAGGGACCUCAGCUGUUCCUUACUUCCUGAUCAAGUACACAGAGGAUGCUGUCCAGGUGGCCCAGCUACGAGACUGGGACAGCUUCAACACUGAUCUCAACAAGGUAACCGUGGGUGUGUAUGACCCCUGCACUUUGCCCCAGCAUCCAGGAUGGCCUCUGAGGAAUCUGCUGUUUCUCCUAGCCAGCAAAUGGGGCUCCCAGCUAGAUGUGGUGGAGGUGAUGUGUUUCAGAGACAGGACUCUUCAGGGUAGUAGGAACGUUCAGCACAGCAUCGUGUUCCAGGUCAAACUACCGAUCCCUGAGCUGUCUGUCAAUGCAGCGUGUCCAAAGAAUGUAGGAUGGGAGAAGAACCCUAAAGGGGCCAUGGGACCCCGGAUGGUCAACCUCAGUGAAUGUAUGGACCCAAAGAGACUGGCAGAGUCAUCAGUGGAUCUCAACCUGAAGUUGAUGCGUUGGAGGCUGGUGCCUUCUCUGGAUCUGGACAAAGUGACUUCUACUAAGUGUCUGCUGCUGGGGGCUGGUACACUGGGCUGCAACGUAGCCAGGACUCUAAUGGGCUGGGGAGUGAGACACAUCACGUUUGUGGACAACGCUAAGAUCUCUUACUCCAACCCAGUGAGACAGCCGCUGUAUGAGUUUGAAGACUGUCUGGGAGGAGGCAAGGCCAAGGCCCUCGCUGCCGUCGACAGACUGGGCAAGAUCUUCCCUGGAGUGAAUGCAGAGGGCCACGUGAUGAGCAUCCCGAUGCCAGGCCACCCGGUCAACUUCUCCGAGGCGACCAUGUCCCAGGCCAGGCAGGACGUGGAACACCUGGAGAAGCUGAUCUCGCAGCAUGACGUCGUCUUCCUGUUGAUGGACACCAGGGAGAGUCGCUGGCUGCCGACUGUGAUAGCUGCCAGCAAUAGGAAGUUGGUAGUGAAUUCUGCCCUGGGCUUUGACACCUUCGUGGUGAUGAGACACGGUCUGAAGAAACCUAAACCCUGUGGACCAGGAGACUCCUCCGACCCUUCCUCUUCCUCCUCCGCCUCAUCCUCUUCCUCCACGCCGGCCGAGCCCGCCCAGCUCCCAGCAGCCUCUCUGUUCUCCAACAUCCCCGGACACCGCCUCGGAUGCUACUUCUGUAACGACGUUGUCGCCCCCGGAGACUCCACCAGAGACCGGACCCUGGACCAGCAGUGUACAGUGAGUCGUCCAGGCCUGGCCAUGAUAGCAGGAGCCCUGGCUGUAGAACUCAUGGUGUCCAUACUACAGCAUACUGAAGGAGGUUAUGCGGUGGCCAGCAGUAGUGAUGACAGGAUGAAUGAACCUCCAACAUCCCUGGGUCUCGUCCCUCAUCAGAUCAGAGGGUUUCUGUCCAGAUUUGACAACGUUCUACCGGCGAGUCUGGCGUUCGACAAAUGCACUGCCUGCUCACAAAUCUGUUUCUUCUAA